GGGAAUAAUUUUAGAAAACUGUGCACGUGGUGCUAGCCGGCAUUACGUAUCCAGGCAAAAAAUUCUUCAUAUUCACUAAGAUGCCCAGAGUGUACGAGGACUUUGACCCAAAAUACGCCUCUAUAUGCAGCGAUGUUACAGUCUACUCAAACAACAAAGGCUUCUUCAAGAGUCUGGCGGAAGAAAUUGUUUCUUUGGCUGAAGUAGACGGCUGGAUGCAGACAUUUGAAGAUGUUGAAGAUGACAAAAAAGUUACAACCGUAUUGGAAAAUAAUACUAUAAUGAACGCUCUAAAUGAAGUUCUCUCGAGAAUUCAGCCGAUGUUCCGUGGAAAAGACGCUAGGAUAUCAUAUGAAAGGCGGAUGGCUGCACAAACUUGUCUAAAAGACGGAGACCUGACAAAGAGUUUAGCUUUAGCCAGCCAAGCUGUGUUACGAGCUCCUAUGACAGGUACUGAGGAAAUCAUCGAUGCAGGAGUUUCGCUAGCGCUCGCUCUCUGGCUUCGCUCGGAAAUACUAUUACGAUUCAAUCGUCCUGAAGCCGCUUUAGAAGAUUUAAAAAUAGCUCUGAAGGAGAGACUACCCGCCCGGAUGAGAUCCGAGUAUUAUUGGAGGAUGGGACACUGUUAUAAAGGAGCUGGUGAACCAACGCGUGCUAAAGUAUCAUAUGAAUUAGCUGGUAGACUACUUGGAAAUAAUGAACAAGCGAAAGCUCAGCUGGCUAAAGAUAUUGAGUCUUUGGACUAUACUUCUACGCCCAAACAUCAUCACAAGCCAGAGGUAUAUGUUACUGGAGGCGCAAAAUUGAAUUUACCGUCUCUAUCAAAGAAGGUAAAAGUUAUUGAAGAAAAGGACAAGGGCCGUUUUGCUAUUGCCGACGAAAAUGUAAAAGUUGGAGAUAUCCUAUUAGUAGACAGACCGUAUGCAGCGUGUUUGCUCUCAGAAUACUACGGGUCGCACUGUCUACAUUGUUUUCAGAGAUUGGAAAAUUGUGAUGAUGGAGCUCCGGUGUGGUGCCCAAAUUGUUCAGGAGUUGCGUUUUGUACAACAAAAUGUCGAGAUGCCGCUGUGUCUACAUAUCACGCCUAUGAAUGCCAGUUUCUUGAUCUUUUUAUAGGUUCUGGAAUGUCAAUGCUUAGUCAUAUUUCCCUUCGCAUGGUAACACAAGCUGGAUACGAAACAAGUCAACAGAUAUAUGCAAAAUAUUUAAGCAAUGAAAUCAAAACCGUCGAGAGCUCGGUAUUAAAUGAUAUCGAGGGCGUAACAAAGAAGAAUAAAUUGAAAAGUAGAAAAGAGAGACUCAAUCGAACUAAGAAGGGAUUAAAAAGCUUUGAAGAGAAAAACUCAAACGACGACGCAAUAGAAACAAAACCUGAGGACAAAGCGAGCUAUAACGAAAUGUUGGAAUUAACAGCUGCACAAAUUUACUCUCUAUGCUCACAUUCACAACAAAGGAAGGGAGCAGAUUAUUUAAAGAGAAUAAUAAUGGGAAUGUUCCUAACUCAAUGUCUAAAAAUAAGUGGAUACUUUAAAACAUGUAGCGAAGAUAACAUGACGAAAGCCGAAAAAAAUACUUGUGAAUUGCUCGUUCGCAAUUUGCAACUGUUGCAGUUUAACGCCCAUGAAAUUUACGAAACAGUCCGUGGCAAUCAUCAGUUCAGCGGUUCCAAGCCGGUAUACACUGCAGUGGGCAUAUACCCUACUGGGGCUUUGUUUAAUCACGAAUGUUAUCCCGCAGUAGCACGAUAUUUUGAUAGGCAAAAUAUAAUAUUACGGGCAAUACGACCUCUGCGACCUGGAGAGGUUGUUUCUGAAAAUUACGGUCCCCAUUUUCUAAUGCGGGGACUGAAGGAACGGCAGCGAAUGUUGGCCUCCAGAUAUUGGUUCUGUUGCGAUUGUACUGCAUGCAAAGAAAACUGGCCAACUCUUAAACAAAUGGAUGCAGAACCAACCUUAUAUUUAAGGUGUCCCAAUGAUAAAUGCCAUGGAAAAUUUAGACAGGGUAAAAAUAUAGCCAAUAGAUGUCCAAGAUGUUCUAUUAAAAUUGACAAAGAGUUAUUCAAAGAUCAUAUCGACAGUAUUAACGAAUGCCUAUCUCAAUACAAGGAUGGAGCAAAGGCAAUGGAACACGAACACCCGCAAGAAGCCAUUCAAAUAUUGUCAAAUGCAGUGGAUAGCUUUUACAAAAUGGCACAACCUCCGCACCGAGAAACGCAUAUAGCUCAAGAGUCGCUUAGGUCGUGUUUUGCAACAGAAGGAAACGUAUAUAUCGUGAAAACCGAACAGAAAGAGAAAUAGUUUACGCCAUGGAAAUGUUUCAUUUUUUAAAUAUGUGCGUGGAGUUUGAAACACUUUUUGCGGUGAUUUUGUACGCAUAUCAUAUUGAUAUAUCUGAUAGUAUAAAAUAUCGUUGAAAUAUAAUUAAAACUAUCAUUAUAAUAUAAAUAGGUAAUAGAAAAGAUUUGGUAAAACGAAAAUAAAGCACUUUGUACCGUCAAAAAUGUAUUUAUUUAUUUGUGAAUAUGCGAUACAUUUCCGUUACGUUCAUAAAAUGCAAAUUUAGGUUUCAAUAGUUUUAUAGUGAUUGCACAACAUAAUUUCUUUCAACACGAAUACGAAACUAAAUUUGCUAUUUAAGUUUCUUCUAAAAUAAGUCUCUCUUUCUUAUAAAGGUCUAAGCGUGUAGAUUACAAAAUGCGAACGACACUUUCUAUUAAUUUUGUUACAAAGGGCGUGCGUGAGUAAAUUUAUUUCUCUUUAGGAAUACUACAAAUAAUAUUGGGACAUACAAGUUAUGUAUAAAAACAAAAUACAAAAGAGGCAUUUCGUUCAGACUUGAUAUAUGUAUAUUUAAAUGUAUUACUAAAUUAUUAAAUAAAGGAAGUAUUGUUUUAAAUGCCCUUAUAUUUCACAUACAUAUUUAAAAUGCUUUUGAUUAU